UACGAUUAUUGUAAGUGUCUCUUUAGAAAAUUUAAUCAAUUACACUUUAUGUGCCAAAAUUAAUAGAAAGAAAAUAUUUAUAUUGAUUAUUACAAUAAUUUAUCGCCCUAAUAACAUCUUAAGUAAUCGAAUUUCAAAACGAUAAACAAGGAAUAUUGAAAAAAGCAAGAACAAUGGCUUGCCCAUUUGUGCAUAGAAAACCUGUCGAACCAUUCAGUCGUCAACAGUCAGUCGCUGAUUUCGAUUUGCAGGACAUAAACGACGAUUCUUUAACACUGAAGCAUAUAAACGAAGCAUUGCAGCUGUUGACUGCACCUUCAAAUCAAACUAUCAACGAUGCUCUCGUAUCGCUAACUGAAAAGUACAGCGAGAGAUUUCCUGCAUUGACAAAAUUGUAAGCUCAUUAUUGCCUUUUUAUGUACAUCCACAAUGGCGAUAAUGCAAUAAAAAUUUCUAUUUUUAGCAAGAACGAAAAGAGCAAUGUAUCGUCGUUUCCACAUUACGACUAUUUAGCGGACAUCCAAAGUGCAUUAAUGGAAUUUGAUGAGGCUACCGCUAUUGACAUAUUAAUUUUGUUGGGCGAGGAGUUAAUUGAAACAGCAUGUCAUGGAGUCAUUGAACGAGCUUUUAAGAGUCUCGGGGGUAACAUGAAGGAAUUGAUUGCCUCACUUGAUGGCGUUUAUGAUGUAUUGAAAUUACAAGAAGAGGAUUUGACAGACACUGGAUUUGUUUGCGCAUCUGAGAAUGAAUUGAUUUUUACAUCUGAUCGUAUUUGCGUAGCGUAUGUUCUGUUGGGAAUUCUUCAGAGACUUUCAAAGAAGCUUUAUGGAGAACAUUCCGAAAUUAAUAUGGAACGACUUGAUGGAAGUCGAUUCCGUUAUUUGUUUAAAAUGGUUGCAGAAGAAAAGCCAGAAUUGCGUGCCAUUUCAUCUAACCCAGCUGACUUGCAGAUGCAUAAUGCAACCUUUUGUAAGAUGUUUCCAUGGCAUUUCAUAUUGGAUGAGAAUUUGGAUUUGGUACAAAUCGGAAAUGCAUUUAGCAAGCUCUUCAAAAAUUACUUGACUACAACUAGAGCAGUCACAAACUUUUUCCGUUUCCGUCGUCCAGUUGAUUUAAAGCUUGAAUUUAAAGAAAUCGCAAAGCGUACCAACACUCCAUUCUUAUUGACUUUACGUUCUCCAAGACACGAUUUCGUUGCAAAAGGCUUGGAAAUAAAGGGUCAAAUGGUUUUUUGUCCAGGUCAGAAGAAAAACACGUUGAUGUUUAUCGGUUCUCCAUUUAUCGAUGGAUUGGAAGGACUAACAUGCAACGGUCUUUUCUUAUCUGAUAUUCCAAUUUAUGAUGCAACACGCGAAGUUAUUUUGGUCGGGGAACAAGCGCGCGCACAGGAUGGGUUAAAGCGUCGUAUGGAUAAAUUGAAAAAAGAAGUCGAAGAAGGACAUGAAGCAGUUUCAAAAGAACGUAAAAAGAAUGUUUCAUUGCUUCAAUUGAUUUUUCCUGAUGAAAUAGCUGAAAAGUUAUGGUUGGGAAAGCAGGUCGAUGCUCAAAGCUUCUCUGAUGUCACAAUGCUAUUUUCAGAUAUUGUUGGAUUUACUGGUAUUUGCAGCACUGCUUCUCCGUUACAAGUAAUUAGCAUGUUGGAAAGCUUGUAUAAGAUUUUUGAUGAAUUUUGUGGAAUUUUUGAUGUCUAUAAAGUUGAAACAAUUGGCGAUGCUUAUUGUGUUGCAAAAGGUUUGGAAGGAAGGAACAGCAACAGUCGAUAUGAUGCAGCAAAGGUCGCUUUUAUGGCUAUGAAGAUGAUUGAAACUUGCUCAAAGCAUGUUGCUCACUCUGGAAAGAAUAUUGAGAUGAGAAUCGGAUUGCAUACAGGCACAGUAUUAAGUGGAGUUGUCGGGCGUAAGAUGCCUAGAUAUUGCUUGUUCGGGCACAAUGUGACAAUUGCUAAUAAAUUUGAAUCAGGAAGUGAACCAAAGAAGAUCAACAUUUCAUUGGAUACCAAAAAAGCUUUGUCCUUAGUUCCUGAAUUCAAAUUCUCAUUCAUUGAACGUGAUCCAUCAUGCUUGCCAAAGGAACUUCAUGCAGGACCAGGAGAGACUUGCUAUUUCUUAGAUGGAUUCAAGCAUUCGUCAGUCGAUAACUCUAAAGGCAUUCAAGUUCAUAUAGAUGCAGCAAUCCAACAAUUUAACACAGAAUCAAAAAAUUAAAUUAUGGUCUAAUUUUUAUGUAAGCAUACAUACUCGAAAAAAUGGAUAUUUUAUGGCUAUUAAAGAACCUCAUAUAAUGAGGCAAGAAUCAAAAAGCUUUCAAAUGGAAUUUACCAAUUUGAAUUGAUUUCAAGUUUAUUGAUAAUGAGAAAUUGAUGGAUUUUUAAUAGAUUAAAGGAUAUUAUAUAAAAGUUGAUGUUAAGACUUAAUGUACUUCAAUUUAAUAAAGACUACUGACAUUUUAG